UGAACCGCCGACAGAGACGCUCGCUCCGACGACAUAUCAAAUUAAAAUCGCAUAUUCCAAUAAAACUCGUGCCAAAAAUUAAUCCUGGGCACAUAUUUUUUACGAUAUUUGCGAAAAAUGUCGGUUGCUCCGUAACAGUGCUAUUGCCGCGAGUUUUUUGUAAGGAGUCGUAGUAUUUUAUUCGAGAGGCGUAAAAAAAGACAUUAAAACGGCUUCUACACGAGAAUAUCAUUUAGAUAAACAAAUGUAUACGGCAUUUGCCGUAGUUGUUCCCAAAAGAAGUACGGAAAGGCUAGAAUCGACGGAAUCCGAGGACCAUUUUAAAUAUCUUAACCUUCCUGCACCUCCGGACAUCUUGCGAUGUCGCUUCCUCGCGAGUUCAUCUUCAACGAGGAGCUGUCAAAGUUUGACGGGCAGGUGUUGGGCACGUCUGCCCCGCCGACUACAGCCGCACUGUCCUGCUCUAUUGACCUGCCCACAGACUCCAUCGCAGAGGCGAACCUGUCACCAGACAAAACAGGAUCUUUGUUGUCAGUGCAGUCCGCGCCGCCGGAGCAGCGCGAGAGGCCCGUCAGCUUGCUUCUGGAGUUGCCGCUAGCUACGCAAGUCGGCGCGUAUUUAUCAGCAAUGUCGCCGACGGAGCAAGAGGAGGAUUCUUUGCUGACGUUGUCGUCGGUGACGGCGCGGCCGCUCCUGGCAGCCUCCAGGAAGCUGAGGCCCGCUGACUCCACAGCCUCCGACAUAACCGGCCCCCCUGACGGCGGCUACGGCUGGGUGGUGGUUUUCGGCGCAUUUAUGGUCCAGUUCUGGGUGGCGGGGCUGUUCAAGUCUUACGGAGUUCUCUACGUCGAGAUCAUGGAGACCUUCCCUGACUCAUCAGAGUCAGUGGCUUCGUGGAUUCCUGCGGCGUUGUCGACACUAUGCUUGGCUCUUGCUCCGCUCUCAUCAGCCCUAUGCGAGAAAUAUUCCUGCCGUCUCGUGGUGUUUAUCGGCGGGUUGUUCUGUGCGACGGGACUAGCGCUGUCCUACUUUAGCACUGGCCUGCUCCAUCUGCUGCUCAGCUUCGGGGUCAUGACUGGCAUCGGUGGUGGACUGUCGACGACUCCCGGCAUUGUCAUAGUGUCUCAGUAUUUCGACAAACACAGGGCGCUGGCCAACGGCAUAUGUGUGAGCGGGACGGCUGCUGGAAGCUUCGUGUUCCCCAUGCUCAUAGAGAAACUAGUCGACAUGUACGGGCUACACGGAACUGUCUUGUUACUUGGAGGUGGUAUGCUUCACGUGUGCGUUGCUGCGACUUUGUACCGCCCCCCGCCGACGGUGCGGGAACGCACGCCUGUCACCUCCACUACCACGGAGAAUACCACUCUGUUACACGACAUUCAAGAAGGUAAAACGGAGCCUUCCAAAGAUAACCGGCUGGAGAAGCUGUUCCAACCAGAUUGCGAGCUGACGAAGAACUUGUUCAAAGACGAUAAACGCACCAAUCUCUUCUCGGAGAUCAUACAUCCCAGCCUCAUUGAGGUAGCUCGCCCGCCAGUGCAACAGCACUCUGACUCCGAGGAUUCUGAAAUGUUGGAUGUACUUGGUGUUGUAGGGUUACCUAGGGAAGUGGCUCGGCUGCGGUUGCGGCCAACCAGGUCGUCCUCUAUCCUGCACUCCGUUGAGGAUCUGUCCACGGACAGCACGUGUGUCUAUAAGGCCAGCAGGAGGAAAAUCAGCCGGUCUCUGUACAUCAAACCACCACUCCCCAGCAGACUGAUACAGUGCAAGCUGUCGGAGCCAGUGUUAGCGCAGACGGAGCAGGAGAUACCUAAAGUGGAAAUCGAGGAGAAGAAGGGUUGUGUACAGUCUAUAUCGAGAUACCUGGACGUCUCGUUGCUAAAGUCGUGGCGUUUCGGUCUACUCUGCACGUCUGUGGCGCUCAUGUCCUGCGGCUCACCGUACGCGCUGUAUUACCUACCAGCUUACACCGUCUCGGCUGGACAUACCAAAGCUGCAGCUGGUCGUUUGGUGGCCAUCAGCGCAGUGCUCGACCUCUGCGGUCGACUCGGUCUCGGCUGGCUGUGUGAUCUUCACCUGUUCUGUAGGAGAAAGGCUUAUAUUGUCAGUAUACUGGUGGCUGGGGCCGCGGUGCUUGCUUUACCGAGUUUAUCGUCGUGGUGGUCGCUCGCUAUCGCUUCGGGUGCAUACGGCCUGUGCCUCGGCUGCUGGUUCCUGCUGGUGCCGGUGCUGCUGGCGGACGCGUUCGGCACGGCGCGCAUCGCGUCCUCGUACGGGCUGGUGCGGAUGUUUCAGAGCAUCGCGGCCGUCUCCGUGCCGCCCACUGCCGGACUUCUUCGCGACGUCACCGGCGGAUACUCGUGGUGUUUCUACGGCAUGGGCUCGUGCAUGGUCCUGGGUUCGAUUCCAGUCAUAGCGUUCCACAUUUGCACUAAGAACGAAGAUUCAGAGACGUCGGACGAUUGAAGAGAAACUACGUGGAUAUUUGAAAAAAUAAAAUGGUUAUUUUGAGAGAAAGAAAAGGAAACGUGAGUAACAACUACUUACUUAGAAUAAUAACCUCACAUGGUAAAUUAAGAAUAGGUGUGUCUGUUUGCUUGUGGGCGUUAUUCGAAGUUUGGAAAAGAUUUAAAAACGUCGGCGUGCGUUAGUCGUUUUCUUCAUUCAUUUUGUUAUUUUAAUAAUUUUGAAAUGUUAUUCUUAAUCGUUACAUGCACGUAAUGAAAAAUAUAAUUUUGUAAAAUGCGAAUCGUAAAUAAUUUGAAAAUAGUUCGUAUUUUGCAAAUAAUAUCAUUUUAUAUUCGAUUCGGCUGACUUAUUUAGUUUUAAUUACGACGCGUUGUGAUAAUAUGCACAAGGAAGUUUUUACGGAGUUUUAUUUUAAAAUUAUAAAAAUAGAAGCUUAAAACAAAAUAAUAAAAUUACACAGAAAAAAAUAAUUCCUUAUUUUGGAAAAAAAAUAAUUUAAGGCUUUUUGGUUACGUUACAAUUUUGAGGGAUUACACGUUGUAUUUUAUUUAAAUAGAUUUAAAUUGACAUUAUGUCUACACGUAUUGCAUUAUCUUAGUACCUAGGAAAGUAUAGAAUAUAGAUAGACACGAAAAUAUCAAUGUACUAUUCGAAAUUAGUCAAGUAAAAAGACAGCAUUUGUCUGUGUUUUCGAUAAAGAAGUUAAUAUCGCAUCAUUUCGAAAUAAAAACAACAAUUUUAGAAUAAAAUAAAAAAUACUUACCUCAAUUAAUUUUUUUGGUUGAUUUUAUCAGGUACUUUUUAUUUCUAAAUUUUUGUAUUAAAUAAUAAAAAUAUAAACAAUCUUCGCGCGCUCUGAAAAACCUAGCUCUAAAAAACAUAUUGAGAAUGGUAUAAGAGUAUGCACCGCUAACUAUAUUAAGAUUUUCUUUAUGUAAAAUAGGUAUUCGCGAAUAAAUGACGUAUUAUUAUAAUUAUUAAGAACUGUAUUCUAAACGGGUGUAUGAAAAAACUAUGAUAAAUUGAUGUGUUCAACUUUGUACAGGUAUUUUUUCUCUUGCUAAGACGGAUACUGCCAGAGAAAUAAAGAAAAUAUUAUGUACUUACAAGCAUUGAGGAUAUCAUUAAAACUAUACAUACAGAAUCGCUAACAAAAUGACAUUGACGAAAAAAUAUGAAUAUUUGGUUUUAUUUUAAUCAGUAAGCAAUUUAAGUAAUAAUACCAGAAAUUAUUCAUAUUACUUUCGCUUCUUUUGCACAUGUGGCAAAGUCUAGCUUGUAGCAUUUCGGUCACAAUGCGGUGGUCAGAAAAAUAACCUAUAUUUGUAUAUAAAUAGGUUAUAUUAUAGGUUAUAUAAUAUUUUGAAUUUUACAUCUUUCGGAAUAGCAUAUACAUUUGUUGUCAAUUUUACGAACUUCUUCUCGUUAAUUGUUCAAAGACGACUGGGUUCUCUUCUAUUUUUCUGGCGUCAUAAAAUACAGCCAGUUACACGAUUCAGUUUCCGUUUAAAAUUGUAAUAGUUAUAAAAAAAAAUUAAUACAUAUAUUAAAAAUACAUUUGUUGUCAAUUUUACGAACUUCUUCCCGUUAAUUGUUCAAAGACGACUGGGUUCUCUUCUAUUUUUCUGGCGUCAUAAAAUACAGCCAGUUACACGAUUCAGUUUCCGUUUAAAAUUGUAAUACUAAUUAAAAAAAAAUUAAUACAUAUAUUAAAAAUCUUUUUAUGGAUGUUUUUUUUUUAUUUCAUAAGGUACUUUGCAUCAAGCUAUAAUUCUUUUACAACAAAAACAUUGUUUCUUUAUUUCUUUUUGACUGUAAACAUCUAGAUUGUGUAAAUUACUAUCAGUCAAUAACUGAGAAUGGUUAUGGACAUUAACAAUAUAUAAUGACAAAAUCGUCACUUGAAAUGUUGGCUGUAACAGUGAAAAGCUUUGAAUGGAUCUACAAGACGUUUAUUUAUCCAAGUAUGUAUAUGUAUGUAUGUCAAUAUCCUCACUAAAAGGAAACAGACGAAGUGUUUCUAUCUCUUUUCGGUACACUGUAAAGUCCUAUAACAGAGAGUAUUACCGCUAAAUUCAUUGGCGACCGUUGGCACGGUGGACAUAACAUUUUAGUGUAAAUAUAGUGUUCCUGUUUACAAUGAGUGCUAGCUGAAUUGAAUUAGAAUAUGUACCCCGUUUGUUCAGUUGUUUAUAAAAGGUAAACAAUCUUAACAUGUCUUUUUAUUGAAAUAAUUAUUUAAUAAUUAAAAUCUUUGCACAUUGCAAAUUAUUUUUUUCACUAAUCAUAAAUUAUAUUAUGCCUAGUGUGCUGAUUAUAUUAAUUUGUAAAGUGAAUAUUUCAAUAAAAACAUGUCAAAAUUGUGUAUUCACUUAAUUUAAGUACCUAAAAUACAUUAUAGAGGCGCUGGUGUAGAGUGAGAUCCAUGUUCAAAGAAAAUUUUAAUUAUAUUUUCAAUAUUUAAUGCGGUGUGUUAAGCAUGUGUGCGACCUUAAAUAUCAGCCGUAAUGAACAGGACAUCACUCGCCAGUGGCGCCAACUAGUGAGCAAGGAAACGGUAACUAUUACCCUAAUUGACAAUACACAUAACAUUUCUAUAGUAAUAAUGAAUUCACUUGUAUAAUGCAAUAGUUGAUUCAUUUUAAUUCUCUUUGCAUUUAUGAAAAAAGGUAUUGGUAUGAUAAGCAAUGUGAAAGAUAUGGCAUGUUUUUUUACAAGAGAAACUUUUGUUGUGUACUGUGUUUAUUAAAGUCGUGUUGUAUGUUAAAGUAAGUGUACCAUGUGGAGAUCAAAACAAAAUGCGGGCACGUAUCCGCUUAGAUACUGUAAUUAUAAAUGUAUCACUGCCUUAGUGCGCAGAAAUUGUAUGCAAUUUCGCCGUACAAAACCUAUGUAAUGCAACGGAGCGUCAAUGCGCUGCGUCAAAGGAGCUCUACGGAGCAAUGGGGCGCCUUACGUGUUAUUACAACAGUUUCAGCAGAUCUCACACACCUAAUAUGUGUCAAUGUGUCAACUAAACUGAAAAAUUUGUACUGAAACAAGCAUGUCUCACGUUCCGCGUUCCUUAAUGUCCUUAUAUAGGUUUUAAUUGAUUUUAAAUCAAGAAACUCCCUUUGUCUAUACGUCGUUGAAGUUGCAAUGUCUUAAAUAUUUGAGCUACGACAGACAUUGCAACCUCUAGAAUCAAGCCUCAGAAUCACUAACGGUUAAUUUUAUCCUUACUUCCUUACUAAUAUUAUAAAGAGUAAAGAUUUUGUUUGUAAUUAAUAAGGUCAAAACAACUGGACAGAUUUUUAUGAAAUUUGUCACAGAGACAGACGCAACCUUCAGGAUUAGCACAGGCCAUUUUUAUUAUGGUCUUACUGAAUUCUAGAAUUUAAAUAAGUAUAAAGUAUUAAGCGGAUACUUUAGUAAAGCCGUUGACGCUAUAUACAAUGUGUCUGAAAUUGUUAGCGGCUUAGCCUUCCUCUGUAACAACUAGUAAGCUAAGAAUAGUUUUAAAAUAUACUAAUAAUUACUUUGUCGCAUUAACCCAUAAAAUAUUAAUCACAUUAUAGGUUUUUUAAGAUUCAUCGUACAGUAUUUAUUUAUUUAUUCAGCUACAUCAACAGUACAGUACACACAACAUUCAACAUAGUAUUCGAUUAGAUAUCAAUUUCACAUGUUUUUACUUAGCUUAACGUAGGUAUAAUCACUAUAUAGUUUAAAACGUAGUCACUUCACGUUGUCUGUCUGUCUAUAUAUGCUUAGAGCUUUAAAACUACACGACGUAUUUUGAUGUGGUCUUGAUAGAUACGAGUUAUUCAUUCGAGCGAAGUAUAUGUACACAUGCGAUGAGAAGCAUUGCCGCGCGAGUGCGUUACUCAAAAACACGCUAGGCGUGUUCUCUGAACACGCUAGGCGUGUUCUCUAAACACGUUAGGCGUGUUUUAAUUUACGCUUUAGUGAAAUAAAUUUGGGUUUAGCGACAAAGUAAAUAGAAUUAAGAUGAUAUAUCGACUGUAUUGUUCUAAUGUAAACAAGGUACGGGCUAAGCUGUUAAUAAACGCCUAUGUGUGUCAUUAACAAAAUAUACAAGCUAACAAGAAAUGUGAACAAAUAAAUGAAAUAGAUAUAGGUAAUGUUGUUUCAUUCGCCACAGCAUUUUCAAAAUCUCGGUUGGUUAUCAUUAAUCGGAAAAAAAUACUUUAUAGGUACCUAUCUAGUAUUGAGACUAAUAAGAGCACUGCAAGUAGCAUAUUAAUCUUACAUAAUAUUUAGAAAAGUCCGCUGCCGCGUCUCUCUGUUCGUUCGCUAUAGAUUCGAAACUACUGCACGGAUUUUCGGGCGGUUUGCACGAAUAAUUACUUGAUUCCUGAAAGUUUACGAGUAUUAUUAUGUUAUUUACCU